CAGCACGGAGGGCCGGGGAGGCCCGGCGCUGGAAUGCGAUUUUCUCGGGCGAGCGAAACUUUGCACCGGAGUGGAGAAUAGUUUGGGGUGGGGUUUCGCACCGUCCCCUCCUCCCCACCCUCUGGGCCCCCUUCCAGGCGCUUUCUGGGAGCUUUCAGAACUGCGCUCUGGAGUUUAAAGAGCAGCCAGGAGCUUGUGCCGUAGGCAGGGACAAUGGAAGAAAAUGAAAGCCAGAAAUGUGAGCCGUGCCUCCCUUACUCAGCAGACAGCAGACAGAUGCAGGAACAAGGAAAAAGCAAUCUGCAUGUAACAUCAGAAGAUGCAGAAUGUCGCAGAACUAAGGAACGCCUUUCUAAUGGGAACAGUCGGGUUUCAGUUUCCAAGUCUUCCCGAAAUAUCCCAAGGAGACACACUCUAGGUGGGCCCCGAAGUUCCAAAGAAAUCCUGGGAAUGCAGACAUCUGAGAUGGACAGGAAGAGAGAAGCUUUCCUAGAACAUCUAAAGCAGAAAUACCCACAUCAUGCCACAGCAAUCAUGGGCCACCAAGAGAGGCUGAGAGACCAGACAAGAAGCCCCAAACUGUCUCACAGUCCCCAACCUCCCAGUUUGGGCGACCCCAUCGAGCAUUUAUCAGAGGCGUCUGCUGAUUCUUUGGAAGCCAUGUCUGAGGGAGAAGCUCCAAGUCCCUUUUCCAGAGGCAGCCGGACUCGAGCAAGCCUUCCGGUGGUGAGGUCGACCAACCAGACGAAAGAACGAUCUCUGGGGGUUCUCUAUCUCCAGUAUGGAGAUGAAACCAAGCAGCUCAGGAUGCCGAAUGAAAUCACAAGUGCAGACACAAUCCGUGCCCUGUUUGUAAGUGCCUUUCCCCAGCAGCUCACCAUGAAAAUGUUGGAGUCGCCCAGUGUCGCCAUUUACAUCAAAGAUGAAAGCCGAAAUGUCUAUUAUGAAUUAAAUGAUGUAAGGAACAUUCAGGACAGAUCACUUCUCAAAGUGUACAACAAGGAUCCGGCACAUGCGUUCAAUCACACACCGAAAACUAUGAACGGAGACAUGAGGAUGCAGAGAGAAAUUGUUUAUGCAAGAGGAGAUGGCCCUGGUGCCUCUCGACCUGGAUCCACAGCUCAUCCACCCCAUGCCAUUCCGAAUUCUCCACCGUCCACUCCUGUGCCCCAUUCCAUGCCUCCCUCCCCGUCCAGAAUUCCGUAUGGGGGCACCCGCCCAAUGGUUGUUCCUGGCAAUGCCACCAUCCCCAGGGACAGACUCGCCAGCCUGCCCGUCUCCAGAUCCAUCUCACCCAGCCCAAGCGCCAUUUUGGAAAGAAGAGAUGUAAAGCCGGAUGAAGACAUGAGUGGCAAGAACAUUGCGAUGUACCGAAAUGAGGGCUUCUACCCUGAUCCUUACCUUUAUCAUGAAGGGCGGAUGAGCAUCGCCUCUUCCCACGGCGGACACCCCCUGGAUGUCCCUGAUCACAUCAUCGCAUAUCACCGCACAGCAAUUCGGUCAGCGAGUGCUUACUGCACCCCUACAUUGCAAGCGGAAAUGCAAAUGGAGCAGUCACUGUACAGACAGAAAUCAAGGAAAUAUCCAGACAGCCACUUGCCUACUCUGGGCGCCAAAACGCCCCCCGCCUCACCUCACCGAGUCAGUGACCUGAGAAUGGUAGACAUGCACGCGCACCAUAACGCGCACGGGCCCCCUCUCCCCAUGCAGCCAGACCGGGUCUCGCCGAGCCGCCAGGCCUUCAAAAAGGAGCCAGGCACCUUGGUGUAUCUUGAAAAGCCACGGAUCACUCCAGGAUUAUCCGGCAUUGUGGACCUCGGCCCUCCUCUAGUUGAGAAGCAAGUGUUUGCUUAUAGCACCGCUACAAUCCCCAAAGACAGAGAGACCAGAGAGAGGAUGCAAGCCAUGGAGAAACAGAUUGCCAGUUUAACUGGCCUUGUUCAGUCAGCGCUUUUUAAAGGGCCCAUUACCAGUAAUAGCAAAGAUGCGUCUAGCGAGAAAAUGAUGAAAACUCCAGCCAGUAAGAACCACACAGAUAGUGCAGGAACUCCGCAUGCUCCUGGCGGGAAGACUCUCAGCGCCCUGGAGUCCACGGGGCCCCCCAGCCAGCCCCUGCCUGCCGGCACCUCGGCCAUCCACAUGAGCCUGCUGGACAUGAGGCGGAGUGUGGCCGAACUCAGGCUGCAACUCCAGCACAUGCGACAGCUCCAGCUGCAGAACCAGGAGCUGCUGAGGGCGAUGAUGAAGAAGGCUGAGCUGGAGAUCAGUGGCAAAGUGAUUGAAACGAUGAAGAGACUGGAGGAUCCCGUGCAACGACAGCGCGUCCUGGUGGAGCAAGAGAGACAAAAAUACCUGCGUGAGGAGGAGAGGAUCGUCAAGAAGUUAUGUGAGCUCGAAGACUUCGUUGAAGACUUGAAGAAGGACUCCACAUCGGCUGGCCGAGUAGUUACUCUAAAAGACGUGGAAGAUGGGGCUUUCCUCCUGCGACAGGUGGGAGAAGCUGUAGCUACCCUGAAAGGAGAAUUUCCAACUUUACAAAACAAGAUGCGAGCCAUCCUGCGCAUAGAAGUAGAGGCCGUGCGGUUUCUGAAGGAAGAGCCACACAGGCUGGAUAGUCUCCUACAGAGAGUGCGGGGUAUGACCGACACCCUGACCAUGUUACGGAGACAUGUCACCGAUGGGCUCUUGAAAGGUACAGAUGCAGCCCAGGCCGCACAGUAUGUCGCUAUGGAAAAGGCCACUGCCGCAGAAGUCCUGAAGACCCAGGAGGAGGCACUCCACACCCCAGGCCAGCCCCUCCGUGGCACGGGAGUCCCGGGCGACAUGAAGUCAGAAGUGGUGCCCUUGAUGGUUCACCAUGCCCAGAGCUCUCCCGUGGUCAUCCAGACCUCCCAGCUCUCCUCGGCCCUGCUGAACCCUGCGCAGCACUUACCUGGGGGGACUGGUCCUCACCCUGCCAGCUCUCCAACUGUCACUCAGGAAGUGACCUCUGCUCUGCAGUCGGCACAGGCUCCUCAGUCCCCACAGACGCCCAUGAACGGUUCCACCAUGCAGAGCUUGUUCAUUGAGGAAAUCCACAGCGUGAGUGCCAAGAACAGGGCGGUGUCUAUUGAGAAAGCAGAAAGGAAAUGGGAAGAGAAAAGGCAAAAUCUGGACCACUAUAACGGGAAAGAGUUUGAGAAGCUCCUAGAAGAAGCUCAGGCCAAUAUCAUGAAGUCCAUUCCAAACUUGGAGAUGCCACCAGCCUCAGGCCCACAGCCAAAAGGCGAUGCUCCAGUGGACAAGCUAGAACUUUCAGAAGACUCUCCAAAUUCAGAGCAGGACUUGGACAAGCAGGGGGGUAAGUCCCCACCACCUCCUCCCCCACCCCCACGGCGGAGCUACCUGCCAGGAUCGGGGCUCACCACCACGAGGUCCGGCGAUGUGGUCUACACCGGCAGGAAGGAGAACACCAUCGCUAAGGCAAGCAGUGAAGAUGCUGGAGCAAGCCCGCAGGCUAGAGUCACAAAAUGUCCAACAGAGGAGCCUGCUUCAGCCUGGACCCCAUCCCCACCACCAGUUACUACCUCCUCCCUAAAGGAUGAGGAGGAAGAAGAAGAAGGAGAUAAAAUAAUGGCAGAACUCCAGGCAUUCCAGAAGUGUUCCUUUAUGGAUGUAAAUUCAAACAGUCAUGCUGAGCAGUCCCGGGCUGACAGUCACGUUAAAGACACUAGGCCGGGGGCCACAGUCCCACCCAAGGAGAAGAAGGGCAUUUUUGGAAGUUGGAGAACAAAGCAACCCAAGAAUUUGGAAUUUUUCCAUGAAGACGUACGGAAAUCUGAUGUUGAAUAUGAAAAUGGCCCCCAAAUGGAUUCCCGAAAGGUUACUGCAGGGGCUGUAACACCUAGUGACCAUCCUAAGUGGGAAAGAGGAAUGGAGAAUAGUAUUUCUGAGGCAUCAAGAACAUCAGAAUAUAAAACUGACGUCUUAAUGAAGGAAAAUUCCAUAUCUAAUAAGAGUUUACUUAGAGACAGUAGAAACUAUUCCCAGAAAAAUGUGUCUAAGGUCAAUUCCAGUUUCUCUGGCAUUAGUUCAUUAGAAGAUGAAAUAAACAAAGGGCCUAAAGUCUCAGGACCACAGUACCCUAUAUCUGACACUGAGAAUCAGAAGAUGAAUUAUGGAAAGACAAAGGAGAUGAGCCAACAAGGACAGGAAAAUACAGAUAAGUGUCACCUUCCCUCUCCCACUAGAUCAACUGAAUCGAGUAUCCGUGAUGUCAAAACUCAAGAUCAAGAGGUUCCCCUGACAGAGUUUGGCCAGGUUAUUCUAAGACCCAAGGGGACGAGGCAUGCUAAUGUGAACCUUAAUGAGGACGGAGAAUCAACACCUUCUCCCACUGAUGAAAAUGCAACCACUGACAACAUUGCUUUCAUGAUUACCAAAACCGCGGUCCAGGUCCUGUCCAGUGGGGAGGUCCGCGAUAUAGUGAGCCAAAAGGGAGAAGAUGUACAGACGGUUAAUAUUGAUGCCAAAAAAGAGACGGCUUCCCAACAAGAAGGAACUGAAAAUGAAGAGCCAGUCGUGUGCCUAGACAAGAAACCAGUUAUCAUCAUUUUUGAUGAACCCAUGGACAUCCGAUCUGCGUAUAAGAGACUUUCAACCAUAUUUGAGGAAUGCGAUGAGGAAUUAGAGAGAAUAAUGACAGAGGAAAAGAUAGAGGAGGAGGAAGAGGAGGAAAAUGGAGACCCCGUAGUCCAGAAUAACACUUCCCAAAAGUUUCAGAAGAAGGUUGCCACAGGCAGCCUCAGAUCAGGACAGCAAGCUGAGGGUAGAUUACAGCCACACUUCCUUCCAGGAGAGACCAAAAUACCAGGAGGACAGGAAAUGAACGAUCCUGAGCCGAGCAAGUUCAGUCAAGCAGAUUCUCCAAGUUCAGAAAGCAAGUGUGAUGUCCCAGACGACCAAUCUGAAAGCCCCAAGAAAAAGUUUAAAUUCAAAUUCCCUAAAAAGCAACUCGCUGCUCUCACUCAGGCAAUUCGCACAGGAACCAAAACCGGGAAGAAGACUCUGCAGGUGGUGGUCUACGAAGAGGAGGAAGAGGACGGCACUGUGAAGCAGCACAAAGAAGCCAAGCGAUUCGAAAUUACCAGGUCUCAACCCGAAGACACCCCUAAAAAUAUGCUCAGGAGACAAGAGCAGCCCAGUCUAGAGAGCACGUCUCCAAUUUCAAGAACUGACGAAAUUAGAAAAAAUACCUACAGAACGUUGGACAGCCUGGAGCAGACCAUCAAACAGCUUGAAAACACGAUCAGUGAAAUGAGUCCAAAAGCCCUAGUUGAUACCUCAUGUUCUGCCAACAGAGAUUCUUUUGCAAGUUCAUCCCACAUAGCCCAAGAGGCCUCUCCCCGAUCCUUGCUAGUUCUGGAUGAAGCUCCCACUUCCCCAGAGCCCCCCUCGUCAAUACCUUCAGCUUCACGUAAGGGCUCCAGUGGGACCCCGCAGACGAGCAGGAUGCCAGUCCCUAUGAGUUCCAAGAAUAGACCCGGAAGCCUGGACAAACCUGGCAAGCAGUCCAAAUUGCAGGAUCCCCGCCAAUAUCGUCAGGCUAAUGGAAAUGCUAAGAAAGCUGGUGGGGACUGUAAGCCUACUUUCCCCUCCUUACCUGCUUCUAAGAUUCCAGCCCUUUCUCCCAGCUCUGGGAAAAGCAGUUCUCUGCCCUCUUGUAGUGGUGACAGUUCUAACCUCCCUAAUCCAUCUGCUACUAAACCAUUGGUUACUUCUAACCCUCUCAGCCCCCAAACAGGACGAUCUGCUCCCUCUGCCUCCCUCAUCCCCUCUGUCUCUAAUGGCUCUUUAAAGUUUCAGAGCCCCACUCAUACAGGUAAAGGUCACCAUCUUUCAUUCUCACUGCAGACUCAAAAUGGCCGAGCAGCCCCUUCCUCCUCCUCCUCCCCACCCUCCCCCGCCUCCCCCACUUCACUGAAUCAGGGUGCCAAGAGCAUCAGGACCAUCCAUACUCCUAGCCUCACCAGCUACAAGGCACAGAAUGGAAGUUCAAGCAAAGCCACCCCGUCCACAGCAAAGGAAACCUCUUAAAGGCCAAAUCCUAUUAGGCACAAGUUGGAGUUACAUUAAAAAAAAAUUUUUUUUAAUAGUCUUCAACAACUGUUUUCACAAGAGAAUGUAACAUAUUGCUGUACUGUUUGAGGCUUAAUGCUAAGUAUGUGCUAAACCCUGGAUUAAUAGAUUUCAGUAAAGCUUGUUUGUUUUUUUACUUUGUUGCUGUUGUAAUUACAUAGUGUUUACUGUCUAUACUCAAUACCUGUUAAAUGAAGUAAGCAUGUGUUAUGAAAAGAGAGUGUGGCGAGAAAGAAUGUGUGUGAGACAGGAAAAAAAUGUACUAAGCAUGUAAAACAUGUAUGAUUCCAGAAUUUUAGUAUGUUUUGUAUAAAAAUAUUUUUCAUUACGGAGACUCGAAGUGAACAGAGAAAUACACAAGUGUGACUAUACAAAUUGUAAAACAGAUACUAUAAUAUUUCCUUUUAUUUUAGUGUUAUUUAGCUUUAUUACAGAUUUCUAUUUUUGUCAAAACUUCAUGGUUCCUUUCAAGAUCUUUUUUGCCAAAACAUUUUGAUACUAUAGCAUUGUACAUUUGAAAGUAGUAUGCUAGAGAAUAAGCCAAUGAACUUCUACACAGGCCAACCAGAGGCAUAUGUAGAAGGCAAUUUAUCAAACCUGUUGCACUGCCAUGAAAAUUAUGUAUAAUAAUUUGCCAGCCCAAGAAAGCUAGUUUUCUUUGCUUUUUAACAUGUUGGGAUUCUCUAGUUGCUUUCUUUGCAGUAUCUAACCCCUUCCUUUGUUUUCUGAGACCUGGUAACCCACACUAUUGCAUUGUGGAUUUUAAAAUGUGCACUUCUCUACGGUUCUGUAAACUGAUCAACUUUUGUAAAUAUAUAAAUAGACAUAAAAAUACUGUAUGUGACAGCACAUAGAGUAGUUUUCCCACACCAAAGUUAAUUUUUAUGCAUGCUUUAAAAAUAUAGGUUGGGAUGAGCAGAAAUGGGACUCUCCGUACAUUUUUAAAAAGCAACAAGUUUGCACAGCUAGAGUGUUUUUGUAAAUAAAUGUAUUUGUAUAACACAGUCAUGUAAUGUACAGAACUAUAAGCAGAGACUUUGCAAAACUAAAUAAAGGGCUGCAUGCUUAUUAUU